AUGCCACGCAAGCCAAAGAACUAUGGCUACAAUGCUCCUUUUGUCAUCAAGGACAAUCCAGUCAUCGCCGGUCACUUUCCAGACCCGGGAAUUUCACUCUUGUCUCCUGCCUUCAGAUCUCCCAAAACGAUUCCGGCCACUUUUGGAAAUGGAACUUCUGGCCCCACGGAGGAUCUCGUUCUUGACCAAUUUCUCGAUGAGCUGGAUGGUCGUAACGACUGUAUGACAUACGACAAGACAACUUUGAGAUCCGAAGAGGGUAGAAACAUACCCUAUGUGGUACUAUCUGCGUCCUCCAAGCCUACUCGAUCUUUACCGAAGGACCCUAGAAAGCUCCGUCUUUGGAUUCAAGGAGCAACCCACGGGGAUGAACCAGCAAGCGAUCAAUCAAUCCUAGCACUUCUGGGAAAGCUCGACACAAAUCCCGGUCAAACUUUAUCAAUGCUACAGAACCUGGAUAUCCUGAUAGUGCCAAGAUACAAUCCAGACGGUGUUGCGUACUUCCAACGACGCUUUGCCACAAAUUUCGAUCCUGCAAGAGACCAUAUCAGAUUGCGCUCGGCACAAACCAGGAGCAUCAAAUCUCUUUUCAACUCAUUUGCUCCACAUGUUGCUGUGGACAUGCACGAGUUCAGCGCCAAGGCUAGGUAUGCAGAACGAUAUGUUCGGAUCCUAGAUGGCCAGUUCGCUGUCGGAAAAAAUCUCAACAUCCAUUCAGACAUCCGCGCUUUAUCCGAGGAACUCUUUGUAAAGAGUAUUGCUACUGCGUUGGAAGAUGCAGGACUGCGAUGGGCGCCUUACUCAACUGGCCUCAGAGAUGCUGCUGCAGACGGACUUUUAAAUUUUAGCGAAGCAGGCAGUGAGGCUUGCAUUACACGUAAUGCUUGGGGACUCACUCAGACAGUGGCAAUCCUCUGUGAAACACGUGGGAUCGGUAUCGCCGAUCAACAUUUCGCCCGAAGGACGUUUACUGGUCUCAAAAUGCUCGAGGCCAUAAUCUCAACCACAGUUCAACAUGCUGAUGAGAUCCAUCUGAAGCUCGAGGGGGCCUCCCAAUCCUUCAUAACCAGUAAGGAAGAUAUCAUUAUCACUGACAUCCCUGAAAUGGUUGAUUGUACAUUGCCAUUCUUCGAUCUUCGAACAAAUAACCUCGUCGAUGUCCCCACCACCUUGAAAAGCACGACAAAACUGAGACCACAAUUCAGCCGAAAAAGACCACGAGCCUACCUGAUCCCGAAAGCAUGGUCUGAACUAACCAGCAGACUUGAAGCGAAUGGCAUUGAAGUACAAACUCUGGAUCAUGCGUUUUCUGGUGAGGUCGAGAUAUUGAAGGUCACUUCCGUCGAAAUAGAUACCGAAUAUGACGAAGGCUGCAUCCGCGCGAACAUAACAACGAGACCUAUCAUGAAGCACGUUCGACUGCCUCUUGGAAGCUUCAGUGUCAAUACCGUGCAAAAACGCGCAGGCCUUGCAUUCAUGGCACUCGAGCCCGAAAGCGUCGACAGUUUUGCCACGAUGAAUAUCAUCCCGCUCGUAACUGGGGACGAGUAUCCAAUCUUUCGACAAUUGUGGAACUGA